AUCAACACUUAAAAAUCACUAGAUAGGUUCUGUCUGGUGUCAAAAUUGUAUAGAUCAGUUUUGAUCUUUUAAAUCAUUUAUUCCUCCGAUUCUCCACAAAAAUCACACGCAGAAUGGCCUCAGUACGUUCCUUUUCUCGUUUAUUAACCCGUCAGACGUUCAACACCGUCUCAAGAAGAGGAUAUGCGGAUGAAAUGAAAUUCACUCUUGCUGCAGGCAAUCAGGUAUUUUACGACUCAGCUAAUGUAAAACAAGUCGAUGUCCCCUCAUUUUCUGGAGCUUUUGGUAUUUUACCAAAACAUGUCCCAACCUUAGCAGUGUUAAAACCCGGAGUGGUCACAGUUUUUGAAAAUGAAGGAACAGUUAAGAAAAUCUUUGUUUCAAGUGGAACUGUUACAAUAAAUGAAGAUUCUUCAGUACAAGUUUUAGCUGAAGAAGCAGCGCCGGUAGAACAGAUUGAUGUUUCUGCUGCUAGAGAAAUUUUGAGUAAAGCCCAAUCAGAACUUCAGUCUGCUUCUACAGAUGAGGCUAAAGCUGAAGCACAAAUUGCAAUUGAAGUUGGUGAAGCCUUAGUUAGCUCAGCUCAGUAAUUUUUAUCUUGAAGGGUCAUGUUAGAUAAGUUUAAAAGUCAGUAAAUAAAUGUUUUAAAAGGUU